CAACACAGCAUCCACUGAGGGGAGAUCUUGCAUUGACCAGACUUGUAGAUUUCUAAACCUAGGACAGUAAGUUCUUAAUCUUCCAAGAUGAAGCUGGAUAUAGAUCUGGUCAACCGUGACCCCAACAGCAUCAACGAUCAUGUUAAGGUUGCUUUUGAAGACGUGCUGGCAGAGCCUGAUGGCGGACACUCAUUUAGCUGUGUCUGGAAAGGCGCCUACUGCUGCUUCUGCACCUGCAAGAGAUUCUACUACAACCUGAUGGCCAUUAUCGUUGGUCUUCCGCUGGCCAUGGCCUGGGGCAUCAUGUACUCGUUGGUCAACUUCUACCAAGUCUGGAUCAUCACCCCCUGCAUGAGGAUCUACAUCAUCAACUGCGGCUGCUGCCAGAAGUUCUACAGUGCCUGCAUACAAUGCUACAUGCAGCCAAUCUUCGAAGCCGUGAGCUAUUGCUUCAGCAAUAUCCGGGUCACUUCCCUUACAGGAUAAACAAAACCUUGACCCUACUUAACACAAGCUAAGGGACUCAACCAAAGUGUCUGUUUAUCUUACAAUUUGCUUAAAAUAGUUAAAACAGUACAACAUAAUAUCAAGUGUAAAUAAAUAGAUAUAAUAACUAAAUUCCUUCAACACACAGACACAAUUUUAAACAGACUAAAUCGAUUUAGAAAGUUUUUUUCCACUAAUAGAAAUAUUUUUCAAUUGCAUAUUAAAAGCAGUUACACUGGUAUAUAUUCUCUUGGCUUAUGAACAUUUAAAAAAAAAACCAAGUAAAAUGUGAUUACCAACGAUACCUCCACCACAAAUACCUUAUGUUUGUACUUUUCUUUUUAGUCUUUUAAAAAAAUAUCUACUCAACAAAAGUAGAUAAGUCUGGCUGUGAUAUUAAAAUAAUAUUUAAUUGUGUUACA